AUGAAACGAGGACGAGGGCGCGGAAAAGUUCGUGCAGAACACUCCAUUGAUCGGAGACGACGAAGUGGAGGAUUGAGGAACGCGCCUCAAGAUCAGGCUGCAACUGCUGCGGAAUUGUUGCCAAGUUACAGAUUUGACCGUUUCAAAAAUUCCCCUCCACGAGAAGAUUCUUCGUCCAAAGAGUGCAGCACCAAUCCUCUUGUUAGUGAUGUGCAGUUCCUCCGACCUUUCGAUCCGGAGCCGUAUAUUUGGUCAAAAGCAACUUUCAGAUGUAAAUCGUCUGUUUUAUAUAGGCAUUAUAAGUACACAAAAGGAGACAUAAUUAAUAUCAAAGAUAAAAUCACUCGGAAACCUUAUUUCGCUCAAAUCCGAGGUAUUGUUGUUGAUCCAGAUCUACAGCCCUACGCUGCUAUAACCUGGUUGGCACCCAAACCAACAUGCAUAGACCCCCACGACUUCUUGCCUGACCAAUUUGUCCACUCGUUCGCUGAUAAGAAGAUGUAUAGCUUAAAAUUUUUCAAUUGGGUCUCUGGUCGGCCGUGUUUGCCAUCAUAUAUUUGUGAUUUUUCUGAAAGAAAAGUUGUGACCGACAACAUUAUCCGAAUCUUGAAAGAGCGUCUGAAAGACAUAGCAGAUACAACUCAGGAAGAGUUCGAAUGUUUGAAACCAUUGCCUGCUCGACUUUCAUCAAGGUUUGACAUGCUCUCUGCCGCAGCUGCUGCUUCGUCGAUUACCAUUUCUUCUACUCCAAUUUUGCCCACUGCUAUUCCUUCUACUUCGGCUACCACGUUUACGGCCCCCAUUGUUUCAGCUCCUGCUGCAUCGGUUCUUACUUUUUCAGAGCUGACUGUUCCAGCUUCUGCAACUUCAGAUCCUACUGCUUCAGCUCCUGCUUUAAAUCCCACUUUAGCUCCUGCUAUGACUCCUGUCUUGCCUGUCCCUUUCGCUGCUGUCUCAGUCCCUGCUAUAGUACCUGCUUUAGCUUCUACUUCGUCAGCUCCUACUGCGUCUGCUAUAAUUACUGAGCCUACUGUAGCUCCUACAUCGACAUCAGCUCUUACUCCUACAAUAUCUAUAGCUCCUACUACUUCGUCAGCUCCUGUUGCUUCGACUCCAACUUUAGAGCCCAGUGCAGCUAGUCGAUUAACACCAGCUCUCACUCCCACAAUAUCUAUAGCUCCUAUUCACGCUUUAGCUCCCGCAAUAACAUCCACAUUGCCUCAUGCUCCUCUUGGGGGGCCAGAGAUUAUAGUUAUUGACUCGGAAUCGACCAGUUGA